ACAAAACACGUUAAUGAGGCUGAAAACCCAAUCGACGCACCUCGACUCCGCCGUUGUCGCCUUGUGGCCGUUUGUUCCAGAAAACCUCGACCCAGCCGCGAUUUUUUGUCAUCAGCGACUUCGUCCAUCAGGUUUUAAUGGGUGGACCAAGAUGGAAAGGAAAAGGGUCAGAAGCAAAAGCCCUUGAAAUUCCCAUGUCAAAGACAGUUUCAGAUCUCCAGUCUUCUCUAAUCAAAUCCAAUUCUUCAGGAAUACUAUCAGGCUCUAGUGUACUUCUUGCAACUAAUCCUGACCAAACUGACCUUCUAAAUCAAGCCUGUUUUGGUCGACCAAUUAUAACAAUCGAUAAAGAUAAACAAUGGUUUCAGUUGACUUUAGAAGAAGCCUUUUAUCUAUCUUUUUCUCUCAAUUGUAUAAAGAUUGUAACUGGUGAUAAUGUUAUAAAAACAAAUAACGAGUUAUGGGACUAUAUCAAUAUGACCUCCAAAAGGGUAUCUUUUCCUGAUUACUUUAAAGCUUAUUCUCAUUUAAGAGCCAAGAAUUGGGUCGUGAGGUCCGGGUGUCAGUAUGGUGUUGACUUUGUGGCAUACUGUCAUCAUCCUUCACUUGUUCACUCCGAAUACGGUGUGCUGGUUUUCUCUGAUGGGAAUCGGAAUCGGAAUCAGAAUUGGAAUGGGAAUGAAGAUGGGAAUGGAAUUGGGAAUGAUAGAUUGAGGGUUUGGUCUGAUUUUCAAUGUAUGCUUCGGCUUUCUGGUAGUGUUGCAAAGACAUUGUUGAUUCUUUAUGUAAAUAGAAAUGGUGAAAAUGGGAUUGAUUCACCUUGUUGUUUAGGGAAUUAUAGUGUUGAAGAGCGAACAAUUACAAGAUGGAAUCCAGAAAGAUUUAGGGAGGAUCAAGAGAAUGUGGAAAAUGGGACCAAGUUAGUUAAUCUACUCUAAAUGAAAGAAAUAACAAUGUACUUUCAUUUAUUUUUUUAUUAUAGCAUCUUAUUUUGAUUUUUUUUUUCCAUUAAAGCAUUAUGUUUACAAUUUUUGUUCUUAUAAAGGUAAUUGUACUUUGAUAAAUAUAUCUGGUCCUUUUUUUAUAAAGCUAUUUAUUACAUUUAA